UCUUUCAUAUCGAAUCGAAAGACAAAAUGCAAGAUCAUUAACAUUCAGAAAGUUUAUGAAUGAUGAAAGUGUAAAUGAUGACACAGGUGAAACAAGUAGAUCAUUAAAAAAUGCAUUCAAACUUUUUGCGAAAUCCUGGAAUAAAUUGAUCCCACAUGUCAAAAGAUAUCAGUGUUUAGAACUACCAUAUGAAAUGCCAGAAAUGAAUGAAGAUAGGCAUGUCGUUUUAGGAUUUUAUGAAGAAGCUAAUGAAGGCUUGUUCUUAUGUGGAGCCAUAGAUUUCUUAGUCCAAUUACAAAAUGAUUUCCUUAAAGAAGUCAUUGAAAUUCCUUCAGGAACAUGCCAAUCUCUAAAAUUCCUUGAACAAACAAUGAUUCAAACUAAUAAAAAUGGAAAACACACAAUUCCUCCUAUGUACCAAUUGCAAUCCGUUUCUCUCGAGAACGUGAGGCCAGUACAUAUAGUAUCAUAUGAGUAUGACUCAAAUAUUUUCGGACAUAGUCAGUUUGAUCUGAGAAUUGGCCAUGGACGUGAAAUUCAAUAUGAUUUAAGUAAAAUUGAAGCAGAACUAGGUUUUGAAUUAGUUCAUGAUAAAGCGUUUAUUGUUCCUAAUGAACAAAAAUCUUACUUAGAAACAUUUGUAUAUCACAAGGAAAUAUUCCAAGGAUCUAUGACAAUAUUGAGCGAAAUUAAAGAAUUAGUAGAUCAGGAACCGAUCCCUGAUGAUAAAAAAACAUUAUUUUUAGGAACUUAUUCAUCAAUUAAUAAGCCAUUUGUUAAAGGAGGUUAUGGAGAAAGUAGUGCUUUUGCGGCAACAUUUGCAUUUGAAAAUCCAAAAGAUUUGCUCUCAACUUUGGAAAUGAUACUUUGCUUCCUUAAACGCACCUCAGGAGGUGAUGGUAAUACAUUAAUCACCGAUUAUAUAGAAAAUUGGAUGAAAUUAACUGUGUUAAAAGAAAGUAAUAGUAGCUAUAGAUUAUUGUCAAGAGCUGGUUUACAACUUAAACAUAUAGUAGCAUUAUAUGAAUUGGUAGAAGAACAUGUUGCUGAUGUAGUUGCUACUUGCAUUCAUCACAAAUAUAAAGCCAAACUUGAUGAUUCAUUAAAACGAGAGAUUUCAAAAGCAAUCGGGUUUGAAUCAUCAAAACAAGAACAAGCAAAUGAUUUCAAGUCAAGUAUUCCAGCUGGAGUUUUUGCUACUGCACUAAAAAGAUUUAUCGUAAGAUAUUUGACGACAAGUGAAAAUAUAAAUGAAUCCGUUAGUCUGGCGGAUUAUAUGGUUGAAGAUGAAGGAUUGGAAUGUUGGCCCGAUUGGGCAGAUAGAAAUGUUAUUAAGAAUAAAUUUCCUUCAUCAUUACUGGUUUCGCAUACUUUUGAAACAUAUCAAUAUACUAAGUUAACUAUAGAGAAAACACGAGUUAAAAAACCUGAUCCGAUUAAAGAGAAUACUGGAUCAAAUCAAAGAAAACCCAAUAAAAAAGGAAAAGCCAAAUAUGUUGAUAAAACUUAA